AUGAAGGAAAUGAAGCCACAACCAAGCCUGAAAAAACAACUAGACCUCUUACAUAAAAAUCUGAUGCCAGAACUGCAAAGGUUGACCCCUCAGUGCGUGCCACAUUGCAAAGCCAACGGCAAAGAAAUACUUUCCGCACUCAAGGAGAGAGUGAUUUUGAGAUUCGGUGCACCCGAGGUGUUUCACUCGGAUAAUGGUACCAAAUUCAAAAACAAGACAAUAAAAGAGUACUUGGCAGAGCAACAAAUCCACCACUUGUACUUACCGCCAUAUUACCCGCAGGUGAAUCCAGUGGAGCGAAUAAACCGCACUGUCAAGAAAGAAAUUUCCACGUUUACUCAAGAUAAUCAUCGAGCAUGGGACGAAUACCUCAACGAGAUAGCGUUUUCCCUCAACACUGCAGUGCAUGAAUCUACGGGGACUUCGCUUGCUUGA